UUGCUAGCGCCCGCAGAGCAAAAGCGGUAGUUGAAUAUGUCAUGUAAGACUCACCAAGUGAACGUGUUACAUAACCCCAAGGAAGAUGGCUGCGAAGACUCAGAGAGUUCAUCACACCAUUCACUGGUUUCGUAAAGGCCUCCGAUUACAUGACAACCAGUCUCUGAGGGAAGCGUGUGAGACGAGUUUAACCCUCAGACCGGUUUAUUUUAUUGACCCAGACUACGUAAAACAUGGAAACAUGGGGUUCAAUCGUUGGCGAUUUCUGAUUCAGUCACUCAACGAUCUGGACAACAAUUUGAAGAGUUUGGGAUCUAGAUUAUUUGUUAUUCAAGGGAAGCCUGAGUUAGAGUUGCCGAGACUGUUCAAAGCAUGGAGGAUCACAAGAUUGACAUUUGAGGUUGAUCAUGAGCCAGAUGGAAGACAACGGGAUUCAAAGAUUUGUGAACUUGCUUCUGAAGCUGGGAUUGAAGUUGAGACUAGAGUUUGUCACUCACUUUAUGACUUGGAUAAGGUUAUUGAAAAAAAUGGUGGAGCAGCUCCCUUAACAUACAAGAAGCUUUGCUCUGUGGUGUCGUCAAUGGGACCACCUUUGAAGCCUGUUCCUGCUGUGGAUGAGCAAUUGUUUGAUGGUUGUUCUACUCCAGUUGAUGAUGAAAAUGAGUAUAAGUUGCCAACACUAGAGGAGCUUGGAAUUGAAAUGCCUGAAGAAUCAAGCACUGUCCUUUUUCCUGGUGGUGAAACAGAAGCUCUUCGACGGCUAGAUGAACACAUGGAGAAAGAGGAUUGGGUGUGUAAGUUUGAGAAGCCUAACACAUCACCCAACAGCCUUCAACCUAGUACCACUGUUCUUAGUCCAUAUGUCAUGUUUGGCUGCCUCUCGGCAAGACUGUUUUAUCACAGAUUAUCUGAAGUGUACUCACGAGCCAAGAAACACUCCAGUCCUCCUGUUUCCCUACAUGGACAGCUCUUAUGGCGAGAAUUCUUCUUCACUGCUGCAUAUGCAACUCCCAACUUCAAUAGAAUGGAGGGUAACCCUGUCUGCCUGCAAGUCCCAUGGGAUACCAAUCCAGAGUUUGUCAAAGCUUGGUCUGAGGCUCGCACUGGGUAUCCCUUCAUCGAUGCCAUCAUGACUCAACUGAGGAGGGAAGGAUGGAUACAUCAUUUGGCACGUCAUGCUGUAGCAUGUUUUUUGACCAGAGGAGACUUAUGGAUCAGCUGGGAGGAAGGACUGAAGGUGUUUGAGAAGUAUCUUCUUGAUCAUGACUGGAGUUUGAAUGCUGGGAACUGGAUGUGGUUAUCUGCAAGUGCCUUUUUUCAUGCUUACUUCAGGGUAUACAGUCCUGUAGCAUUUGGCAAGAAAACUGAUCCUAAUGGAGAUUAUAUCAAGAAGUAUAUACCAGUUUUAAAGAAAUAUCCUCCAAAAUACAUCUACGAGCCUUGGACUGCCCCACAAAGUGUACAAAAAGCAGCAGGGUGUGUUAUUGGUAAAGACUAUCCUCGUCCAAUUGUAGAUCACAAAGUGGUUGUGAAGACCAACAUUACACGGAUGAAAAAAGCUAGAGCAGACCAUUAUGGUGAAAGUAUAGAUGAAGACCUUGACAACAAAAGUAAAAGUUCACCAACUAAGAGGAAGAAUAACAAACAGUCUCCAACAAGCAGCAAGUUAAGGAAAAUAACUGAUUUCACAAAGAAGUGAUGGCUCUCAUUCGAUUGUCUAUAUUUUAAACAUGACAUUAGCUUAGUUUGAAUGAUGGCACCUUGUGCUGAGUUCUUUUUAUUUCUUAACUGCUCUGAACCCAUCAAAUGGACUAUUUUACUAUAAGUCUCUGCAUGCAUGUACUUCAGCGGUUAGAGCACCAGCCUGUAUUUGAGAGUUCACAGGUUCAAAUCCUGUCAUGAACUCAGAGUUUUUCUUUAGUUUUGUCUAAUAGGUCAACAUUUACUAUAACCAGUUUCUUAGGGGUUGCAUUUGUUUUCAAUAAAUCAUUAUCAGUAUCUAUUACUGUGUUACUAACCCCACAUUUAUUAAAGAGAAUGGAAAAAGUUAAGUGUUUUCUGUGAUUUAUUGCUUUUCCGUCUCUCUUGUGAAGCACCAUACACAAGAAGUGAUAUUUCCUCGUUUCAGUUAUACAUUAACCAGGAAGUUUUAAAA